UUAGUCUGCCGGCGGCCUUCGACCGGCGCGCACGUGUUUCAGCCGCUCAGUUCCGCGAGUGAGUGUCAGUGAGUGAGCAUGUUCGUCCGCGUCGUGGCUCUCCUCGCCACCGCGGCCCUGGUCUUAUCAGCUGCACCCCCCGAUCCUUGCUAUGAAGACGGUCGACCGCGUCGCUGCAUUCCAGAUUUCGUGAAUGCCGCCUUUGGAAAUCCAGUCGUCGCUUCUUCCACCUGUGGAAAGAGAGGUCCCGAGCGCUUGUGCGAUCCACCAGGAGACCAGAACCCAGAGAAUGCUUGUCGAGUUUGUGAUGCCGCUCGUUCAGAUAGACGGCACCCUCCAGCACAUUUAACUGACUUAAACAACCCGCACGACGUGACUUGUUGGCGAUCUGCCGCUCUACCACCGGCGUCUUACGAUUCCCCACCAGAUAAUGUGUCUUUGACUCUAUCCUUGGGAAAGAAAUAUGAGCUUACGUAUGUCAGUCUUCAGUUUUGUCCCAAAGCAGCAAGACCUGACUCUGUGGCCAUAUACAAGAGCGCCGAUUACGGUAUCACUUGGCAGCCCUUUCAAUUCUACUCCAGCCAGUGUAGACGGGUAUAUGGGCGGCCAAAUAAAGCGACAGUUACAUCUGCAAAUGAGCAGGAGGCUAGGUGUUCUGAUUCGCAUAGAUUGGGGGAGAAUUCUGGCGGAGCGAGAUUAGCUUUCAGUACUUUGGAGGGGCGCCCGAGCGCGGCCAACUUCGAUAUAUCGCCUGUGCUGCAAGACUGGGUGACGGCCACCGAUGUGCGAGUGGUCUUCAACAGAUUGCACAUGGUUAACGAAGGGGAUGAGGUGGAUAGCAAGAAGCAGGCGGGUUCUGGCACGCAGCAUUACGCGGUUUCGGAUUUCGCGGUCGGCGGUCGUUGCAAAUGCAAUGGGCAUGCCUCUAGAUGCAUUCCGACAAAGGGUGAAGACGGUCAGACGAUGCAGCUGGCCUGCGACUGCAAGCACAACACGGCUGGACGAGAUUGCGAGAGAUGCAAGCCGUUCCACUUUGACCGGCCCUGGGGACGCGCUACUGCAAGGGACGCCAAUGAAUGCAAAGAAUGCAACUGCAACGGCCACGCGCGUCGAUGCCGCUUCAACAUGGAGCUAUACAAGCUGUCUGGUCGCGCCAGCGGAGGGGUCUGCCUGAAGUGUCGCCACUAUACCGCAGGGAGACACUGCCACUACUGCCGAGAGGGGUACUACAGGGAUCCUACUAAGCCGAUCACGCAUAAGAAGGCGUGCAAACCCUGCGACUGCCACCCAGUAGGCGCGAGUGGUAAGACCUGCAACCAGACGAGCGGCCAGUGCCCCUGCAAGGAUGGAGUCACGGGCACCACCUGUAACCGCUGCGCGAAGGGCUAUCAGCAGUCGAGGAGCCAUAUCGCACCUUGUAUACGUAUUCCCCGGGUAGUAACAGCGGUGCAAGCCAUGGAGGCGGUGGACGCCGAGCCGGGCCGCGCGGAGCAGUGCGGCCGGUGUCGCGCCGGCGCGAGAACGCUAAGUCUCAACAAGUUUUGCAGCCGAGAUUACGUCAUAAUGGGUCGGGUGGUCGCGCGCGAGGCGGCGGGCGGCGACGGCUGGGUGCGUCUGGCGCUGAGCGUGCAGGCGGUGUACAAGCGCGCGCCGCGGAGCCGCCUGCGAAGAGGCCAGGCCGCCCUCUACGUACGCGCCAUCGAUCUCGCGUGCAAGUGCCCCAAGAUCAAGAUUAAUAAGUCCUACCUAAUCCUAGGAGUGGAAAAAGAGGGUGCGUCUUCAGGUUUCCCGGGCUUAACGGUUGGAGAGAGGACAUUGCUUCUGGAAUGGCGGGACGACUGGCACCGGCGCAUUCGGCGCCUCCAGAGGCGCGCUGUCAACUGUCAUUAGCCGAUGCCAUCUUGGAUUUAAAAAAGUUGCCGCAACGCUGAGGUCUCGCGAUAUACAGCCUAUAAAAUCGAAUGUUGAAUGGUUCCGUCUAUGUUCCGUGCAAAUGUUUAACUGCCAUUAUGCUGUCUAAUGAGAAAUAGUUCACCUAGUCGUUUGUAAGGAUUAAUAAUAGAUCGAUAUAAAUGUCUAGUUGUCUUUCGCUUAAUAUCAAUUUAACUCGAUUUUUUAGGUGUGACAAUAUUGUCCAUUUCUUGUCUUAAUUUAUACCAAAAAGUUAUUCUUUUCCCUUCCUAGGAUUUCGUUAUCACUAUCCAAUUGUCUACAUAGUUAUGUUUAACUUAUAACAGUUAAUUUAACUAUGUUCAUGAUUGUAAAACAAGUGAGUUUUAAGAUUAUUUAUUGAUUAAAUAAUAUAGAUUCUAGGGCUAAAGUUUCGUUCCAAUUCAUGCAUUUUGUAUAAUUGUUAUUUUAUAUUGAAAUGCGUAUGUUAAUAUUGUUUUAGGUACUGACAACUUAGGCGCUUGACGUUAAAUUUAUGGCGCGUUUUUUGACAUUUUGAAUGUAUAAUAUAGAGUAUAAGUUUUGAAAAUAAUUCAUAUCCACAGAUAGUCAUAAUGUUUUAACGUACCUCAUUUAUUAAGUACAUUAUAUUUAAGAUUAGACUAAUUUACGUAUUAGGUAUUCUAUUGCCGACUUCCUUUAAUUUAUUUAAUUUGAACCGUAUCUUUCUUGCCAAAGUAACUUAAUGCUCUGAGUACUUAUUUUUCUUUCUUAUAAAAUUUCUUAACACGAUUAUUUUAACACCUCAAAAUGUAUUGUACAGUAUUAUUAGCUUUACUAAAAUAGAAUUAUAAAAACUUACCUUUUGAAAACAUUUUAUUAGAAAAUUACAAUAUUAUGACGAGACGACAUAAAAGAGAUUAUUAUACCAUUAAUGCCAUUACAUCGGUAAAAAUCUCAUUUUCAAUUGACGUGUUAUUUUUUUUUAUUCCCCCACAGACUCUUGAUUUGCCAUAGACUAUAAUAGAAGUACACUCGAGUAAUCAUGUACAAUUGAGCCGUCAAAGAUCUAGGUACAGUUACAUGCACAAUGCAACAAAUCAUCUUGACGGUUGAACAAUUUACAAUUAUCUAUUGUUGGUGAAUCGCUGUGGUCGAAUACACAUAGGCUAGUGACUAGUCAAAGCGAAGAUUUUGCAAGCGAUGUAUUAUUACGACAAAUUUAUAUUUCAAUAUUUUUGUCUUUAGAUGUUUCAUCUUAAUGCUUUAAGUAUGUGCCAAAUUUACUUAAAAAUUUUCGAUGUUAUUGUCAUGAAAUUGAAAACAAAAAAUAACAUCUUCAAUUACUGAUGUUAUUGUAGUUUUUAAACGAUUUAUUCAUUAAAUAUCAGUGUGCCCGAGAUCACGCUUGUUGUAAAGGGCCUUUUUUAUUUUUGCCUCCUUGAUAAAGUUCUUCCAUCUCCCGUACAAAAUUAACGUAAAGUUUUUUUUUAUUUGUUUAUCUAUCAAUUCUGCAACUUUUCCCAAAAUCUAUCUUGUGACUUCCUGGAACACAAUCUUAAGCAGUAAAGUACACAUCGUGGCUAGCAGAAACAAUAAAUAAAAUUAUGCGUAUAAUCUGGCGCAUAAAUCACACAAAAUUAUUCAUUGUAUGCUUUUCCCGUCAUAAUAUACGGCUUCUCGGACAUACAUAUAACCAAGCAGGAAAAAUUUUAUGUGUUUUUAUAAGUGGUUAUUAUUAUUAUUUACUUUUUGCUUUAUCUGUGGUCAACAUAAAAAAUAAUUUGUUUUCAAAGGGUAUUUAUAAUUUAAAGAUAUCGUAUUUAAAUGACUUAGAAUCGCUUGAACGUAAUAUGGAUUGUAAAAAGUGUAUUUAGUUUGUAGAACGAUUUAAUAAUCCAUUUCUAGUAAUGCAUAUCUUUAGAUUUCUUACGUCAAAUUAAUUUUACGCGCCAAUCAUUUUUUUUUUACAUAUUUAGUUUACCUUUACUUUAUUUUUUUUUGGGUACCAGAUUGUUUUGUAUAUCAAUUAAUUAUUCAAUUAUUAUAACAUUUAUGCUUACAUCUUGGUUAAUUAUAAAUAAUUUUUUUUUCAUGUCGUAGUAAUUAAUUAUUUUGGCGCGUAGAAUGAUCUUAUAUGAUUGAAUAGAAUCGUGAUGUUUUUAAUAGAUGGGUGUAAUAUGUGAAUAUGUAAUCUAUUUCUUUUUAUAUCAUUACAAUAGACUUAUUAGUACUUAACAGGCAAAAAUAAACAGGAAAUUAUAUGGGUGACUGUAUUAUGGAUAAAUUAUAAUAAAUUCGAAAAGUACAAUAUUUACACGCACAAAAUCGCAAAAUUCUCAAAUAACUGAUAAUUAUGGCCUAAUUGAUUUAAUUCUUGAAAAAAAUUGAUUAACAUUUUUUCUAACGCUUAAUUCGUAAAAUUUGUAGGUUAUAAUUUAUGUAAGAACGUCAAUUGAAUUUAAGGUAAUUUAGGCGGGAAUUUUUAGACAGAUCAUACACAGUUCACAGUUUAUAAAUAAUUCGUAUUACAGAUAAAAAUCAUAUCAAAAAAUACAAGUUUAGAGUUUAAGAAAAUGGGUUCAAUAAAAAAGAAUUUCUUUUAAUUCGUGAUUAUUCUAAAUUAUGUUUUAAAAAUAUUAUGGUCUGUCUUUAAAACGUAUUACGCCGUGUAAUAGCAAUGAACUUGUGUUUUAUUAUACCCUCCUCCUGUGAUGUAAUAAAUGUUAUUGGUUAUAUUUAUUUAAAAUAAAGUACAUUAAUAUACUUA